AUGUCGGGCUUCUUCCAAAUUCUUGGUCCAGCCCACCCGCCUCAACCCGGCCAACAGCAAACUGUACCCAUAGCCGAAGAAUUAGAUAUAGAGCUGGAUGACUUGAACGCCGACGGCACAUCUGCCGCUGCACCGCCAUAUAGUCCCCAAGCUGCACCAGCAGAUGGACCCGCCAAUGCACCCAUCGAUGCAAACGCAGAUGUAGCUGGCCACGUAGCCGGCGACGCAUCCGACGGUGUACCCGCUCCGCCACCGAAUCCUGCUGAAGACAUUGAUCCCCAUCCGCCCGAUCCGCCCCCCGCAUACGAACCCCCGGCCAUACUCCCGGGGUUGCAUAUCCCGGGGAUAGACAGGGAUAGAUAUGAAUUUUUAAAGAAAAAGCUGCCCAAAAUGAUCGAUAGAUCACUCCUAUCAUUCUGUCUUUUGGCAUCUUUGUUGGUUCAUAUGGAUCACCUGCUCUUCUCAUACUACAAGCCAUAUUUCCGGUACUUUCUACGCUUCAGCGAAGAUCAAUACCAGGAAAUCGAGUUGGCGAGAGCAGUCAGCCUUGUUGUGGCACAGAUUCCAGCGACUCUCGCCCUAGUCUCGGUCAAAAGGCCAGCGCACUAUUCUGGCACAUUUCUCUUUGGCCAUGUAGUCAUGGGAAUCACAGAAUCGAUGUUUUUCCCGGGCUUCCUAUUCAUGCUGUCUUGCUGGUACACCCGUGAGGAACUCGGCAAGCGAAUCGCUCUUAUUCUUUCUAUGUGGCCGGCGGCCCGAAUGCUCGUGACCUUGGGCGUCCUCGCAGAUCCUUCUCUUCCUGAAAGCAUCUUCCCGCCAGAGGCGCUUCGCACACUAUACGUGUACUACCUAAGAGCGUCGGGGCUGACGGCCAUUGUUGGUGCGGUGGGAAUGUGUCAAACAUUGCCCAACGUUCCCCAAUCCACUACGUGGCUUAACUGCACCAACCGUCAAGUUGCGCUGGGUCGCUUGGCGGAAGAGUAUGGAUGGGCUCACCCGAAUUACUACGAAGAUAAAGGACCUUGGUGGUUCCAUUCUGUCGUGGGUUUCUGCCGGGCUCUUCGAGACGUCAAGAUGUAUAUCCUCGCUAUAUUAUGCUUUUGUGUUUCAUUUCCGCUACACACACUGGGAUCCCUGAGUCUCGUGCGAGAUUUGACCGAUACCAUGAUCAGCGACAAGAUUUAUAUUGACAGUAUUUCUGUGGUGCCCUACCUGUUGUGCCUCAUAGCCUUGGCCUUAAGCGCCGGCUUCGUCGACAUGACCAAAACUCGGCGUUGGGCCAUGAUUCAAAUAGGCCAAGUGGUGGCAGUAUUCGGUGCCAUCCUGGGCUCUAUGGUCAUCGCCAUCGCCAUUGCUUUAGCCGAAAUGAGUAAUACAAACGUUCCGCCCAGCAAGAGGUAUCCACAGAGCCUCUACAUAAUGCUCUCGCUCGCCCUCCCAGGCAUGUUCGCCACUCUACCCGCAGCCUACUCUCAGCUCCUGUGCUGCCAGCCCUUCAACCGCACCAAAAGAGCAUCGGUCAUCGCGCUCGCGUGCGCCUUCACCAGCGCCGGGAACGCCAUCGCUAUCGGCACGUCCCUCGUCAUACAGCCCAAGGAGUACCCGCACGGACUCCUAAAGCCACUAGAACCGUUCCUGUGGAUCAGCAUCACCGCCGUCUUGUCGCUCAUCGCGGGCGUUAUUCUGCUCUUCAUAUUGAAGGAGGCUAAUCGGUGGCUGGAACACUACAAGCAGGAGGUGUUGGAAAAUGUGCAAGUUGGGCACAAUGGCGGCAGGUGGACGGUCAAGGGGUCUGAGUUUGAGGAUCCGGCCAAUACGUUUCGGUUUUAUACGUGA